AUGAACAAUACGACAAGUGCCCUUUCGAACCAGACCACAGUUCAAGGCUGGACAGCGUCCUUUGUGGCGGUCAUAACCGUCUCGAGUGUAUCGUUCAUUCUGAACGUUGGUAUGCUGCUGGCCCAGUUCCUACCGCAAAUGCACAUCACGUCAUUUACCGUGUACCUCAUCGCCUUGUCCAUCGCUAACAUUGUGCAUUUUGCCGUGCUGCGGCCGGUUGCCGUCGUUUUUAAUACAACUGGAAUCUGGCCAGGAGGUCACGCGUUAUGUGUCGUGUAUUCGUAUGUGCAGGCUGUCGUCAGUAAUGUUCCGGUAUUCUUACACGUCCUGAUCUCCCUAAAUCGCUUAUGGGCACUCAAAUAUCCGGCGCUAUAUCGUGAACGUCACAAUAAAACCCUGGCCACGCUUUUAUGCCUGGGUGCCGUAGCGUACGUGCACUGUGUUAUCUUACCUGUGUUUCUAUGGGAAAUCGAUCAAUCUACACUGGUACCCGGGAUAUGUAAGUUGACCUUUGGUAAUAAAAAGGUAUGGAGAUUUGUGGACGUCACUCUGCACCGCCUGGUACCGGUGGUCAUCGUGAUCGGUAUCUAUGUGUACAUCAUGGUCAAGCGGCUGAGAAGGCGACGUGUGAUCGAAGAUAAGAUGGAGCUACAACCGCCAUCCAGCCAUCAGACAACGCGGACAGCCGCCGAUGAUACCGCUAAGCGACGACGGAGUCAAAGAUCGAAAUACGUCAAACAGCGGAAAGUGAAGCCGUUCAUCGUAUUAACCAUGACAUCCGCCAGCGUACUUGUGUGCUGGGUGCCCACCGAUAUUUAUUUUGUGUUACUUUAUGCUGAUGUAUACACCAUACGACAGACGCAGUUGAUUUUCAGUGUGACCACUACCAUAUAUUCCCUGCAGAUGGCUUCUGAUCCCCUGAUGUGGCUGUUCAGUCUGCGAUAG